ACACAGUUAUAAAGACUAAAAAAAAAAAAGAAACACUUUUAUUUACCGAAAACACUCGUAAACACACUUCCCCCACCCACACACACAAGGGAAGUGAAGUGAAGUGAAGUGUUGCUGUAUAUAUUACCGAGUUUUCAAGCAGCAUCAAGCCUUCGCCACAACCCUCCACACUGCCUUAUUUUCAUCAAUUAAAGGCUCAGGCGUGUAGAUGGAAGCAAUAGAAGGAAAAAGGAGAAACAAUGGAGGAGGAUGAAAAGGAAAUGAGAAAUAGAGGCGUAAUAGGAGAAGGAGCCAAAGUGUAAUAUUUAGGUGACUGAGGCUUUGGUCAUAUGAUGAGGGAUGACAGCUACAUCAGGUGAAGCAGUGAUGGAGUGCCCCAAGGUGAAUGUGGCAGGAACUGAAGACACGUCUGGUGAUACCUCCAGGAGCAGGGUGGCAGCUGUGGCACCAUGCCCCUCUAGUGGUCUAGGGGAGGGGGAGGGAGGUGGUGGCUUGGACACAGAAGAGAAAGGCAAUUCGACAGUUUGUGAUGAUGCUGGGGGUAGUGGAGGAGCCACAGGGAAGGGUGUGGAGGGGGAGGGGGAGGAGGAGGAACGGUGGUGGUGCUGCCACUGCUUCAAUGAGCGGCUGCAGGUGUACGCUUCACACUUCCUCUCCUCGUGGGGUGACCGGAUGUGGAUGUUUGCGGGAGGAAUCUUUCUGCUUGAGGUCACUCCAGGGUCACUGCGUCUUGCCGCUAUCUAUGGAGCAGCGCUGGCACUCACAGUCAUUGUCCUGGGGGCUCCCGUCGGCCGCUGGGUAGAUCGUACGUCACGGCUCCGAGCGGCGCAACUGAGUCUGAGUGUGCAGAACCUGAUGGUGUGCUUGUGUGCUGCACUUCUGGUGCUCAUCACCUCCUCUCCAGACCUCUUCAGAGCAUGGGAUGGAUGGGCACUGGUGCUGGGUGAGGCUGGGGUGAUCCUCACAGCGUGUGUGGCACAGAUUGGCACGCUGGGCUCCAAGCUGGCCAUUGAGAAGGACUGGAUCCUUGUCAUCUGUGGUCGAGAUAAAACUCAACUGGCAAGAAUGAACAGUGUGCUGAGAACUGUAGACCUGAGUACCGAGGUGCUGGCGCCGGUCAUCGUGGGUGCAGUGAUGACUUCCUUCGGUCUGAUGGUGGGUGGCAUUGUCAUUGCCGCCUGGAAUGUGGGCUCCCUCCUGGUGGAGUAUGGCCUCCUCCACCACCUCUUCUACUCCAAUCCACACCUGCAGAAGUCCAAGGGAGAGGUAAGCAAUGAGGGGAGGAGUGGAGAAGGAGAAGAGAACAAAGGGACUGAAGGAGAUAGAAGCAGCCAAGAGUUACCUGAUGUGGGGGUGGAGCGUCAGAGGCGGCGGGAGGGGCAGGGCAUGAGCCGGGCCAUGGAGCGCCUUGCAGUUGCCUGGAGUGCCUGGAGGGCCUACAUGUACCACCCUGUAAGGAAUGCUGGUCUGGGUCUGGCACUGCUCUUCAUGACCGUCCUUGCCUUUGAUAACUACUCUAGAGCCUUUGUGUAUGACUCUGGAGUGUCAGAGACUGUACUGGGUCUGCUGACGGCCGUGGCUUCUCUGUUUGGAAUCUUUGGCUCCCUCGCCUUCCCUUUGCUGAGGAAGAAGGUUGGCUUGGUAAAAACAGGCCUGGUGGGGUUUUGCUGUGAGACUCUGUGCCUGAUAUUGUGCGUGGCGUCUGUCUUUGCCCCUGGGAGUCCCUUUGAUGCCUCUGCAAUCAUAUAUGGCGUUAAAAAUGCUGGAAAGACACCUAUGCUCAAUGCCACAGCCUCAUCUGUCUCACCAUCCCCACCACCCACACCACCCACACCACAGUACGCCUUCAAUGCCUCCUCAAUGCUUGGUGAUUCCCGCAGCCUAGUGGUGGACUUCAACUCAACCCUAGAGAAGCAAAUGGAGCAGCUGGAGUCUGUUGGUGGUGCGCAGGAGGAGGAAGAGCAACAGGAUUUCACGUUCGUCAUCCUCUUCAUGACUGGAGUUAUCACGUCUCGUUUUGGACUGUGGCUGGCUGACCUGACAGUGACCCAGAUCCUGCAGGAGGGGGUGGAGGAUGGGCAGCGUGGGGCCAUCAACGGGGUGCAGUCUUCCCUCAACCAGAGUCUUGACCUGCUGCGCUCUAUCCUGCUCAUCAUCCUGCCACGGAGAGAGACCUUUGGCUUCCUCAUCCUGCUCUCGUUCCUCUUCGUGUCCAUGGCGCUCCUCAUGUUUGCCACCUAUGCCCGGACCUUCCUGAUCAACAGCACCAAGCCAGCGGCAACACCUGAAGGCCACCAGCUGAAGCCUGUGUGAAGCCUGGUGUGAAGGAAGGCAGGUGUGUGUGGUGGAAGUGACUGUCCCUGCAGCACCACGCCAUAGCCCAGCCUUGCUGGUGUGAAGCUGAACCAAAUAAGAAAAGGUACUGGUGAUGUAUGAGAGAGAGAGAGAGAGAGAGAGAGAGAGAGAGAGAGAGAGAACCUGAUAAGUGCCUAUAUGGUAAUUUUUUAUGAGUUUUAAUGGUAGAAUUAUAUAUUGCAAUUACCAUUAUGUAAAAGGUCUAAGUAAUUCCAAAUGAUAGGUUAGGAUGUGAAGUGAAGGCAUGGAGCAGGAGCUCUGAGUGUUGAGCAGCUUAAUUCUUACCUUACAAAUGAUUAAGAAUGGUCUAUAUGCCACUCCAAAGUAAUAGCAUUCAUUGUGUAGCUAUAGUGGUGAAGAAAAAUCACACAGUAUAUAAAGCAACAAGGUUCACUGCAUGACUUGUGAUACAGAGAGAGUAUGUGGACCAGUACUGAGCUGUCAGGUAAAACAAUUAAGGCUGAAAAAGACCUAAAAACACACUAACUUAGCCACAGAAGGAAAGAAAACAGUUACAGACAUAUACUGUUGUCAAGUCUUAGUACCCACUGUAGCCUUGAAAGUAUUGAUUAACUUGCCUUCACAUGUGUGUUAUGUGCUAUUUGAAUCUAAUCCAAAGAAACCUGCCCCCACACACACACUGCAGGGCAUUACUGGGCCUCACACACAAGUCAGGUGCAGGCAAGCUGGUGUGACUGAAAGACAUUGAGUAGCUCUGAGGAUGUAAUGUUGUGUUCCAUACCUCCUUAACUGUCACUGUUGGCCUUCUAAGAGAGAGUGCAUUGCAGGAAAUGUUUGUAUGGCCACAGAAAAGAGAGAAUAGAGGUAAAUUAUACCUUAAAGGUUAUAGAAUUAUUUUAAGAAUUUUAGUAUGUGAGUUAGUUUUUCAUAAGUUGUUUGUAAUUGUGAAAAGAUUGCCUAGCAAUGAAAGGGUUAAAUCACUUAAUAAUUAUUUAAGUCAGUUUACUUUGAAUUAGUUUAGUAAAUAUAAAAUUGUUCCUAUUUUAUGUCUUCCAAAAAUAUUCUGGUGAAUUCUAUGUAUUCUGUGCUUGUGACAUUCAUUGAAUAUUCCACACUAAAAUAGCAUGAUAUACAUCUGUAGCUCCAUCUGUGUGUGUGUGUGUGUGUGUGUGUGUGUGUGUGUGUGUGUGUGUGUGAGAGAGAGAGAGAGAGAGAGAGAGAGAGAGAGAGAGAGAGAAAGAGAGCAUGUUUGUCAUAGGUAUUAGUUAUAUUUCAUAGUCACCAGUCAUUCACAACAGGAGAAUUGUGUGCAAUAUUUCUCACAGGUAAUACUUUUUAUCAUGUAUACAAAAAAAAAUCUAUCAAGAUAUUUACUCCAUAAUUACAUGAAUUAUGUGUAGUGCCAGUUUUAAUAAUUUCUGCUUUAAUGUUUUUAUACCACAACAAAGAUGCAAUAGAACCUAGUGAUGUGUGUGCAAUAACUAAGCCAGGGUGUGCUUGAGGAUUCACAGAUGGUGUCUGCCCCUAUUAGUGUGAUUUUAGAAGGUGAACACUGUACUGCUGUAUUUUUACUUUUAUAAGAUGAAAAGUAUAGUGGUAAGCUGUAUAGUAUUGUCACUUUAAUCAGGUAAUGAUGAAUACUGUUAGAAAUGUGAUUAUCAGUAUAUGUACCCAUUAUGAAGGAGGAAGCCCAUACAAGGUUGUUCUCCAUGGUUCAAUUCUGUAUCAAUAAUGUGCCAUACCAGAGCUGUGAAUCCCUUGUGCUAUGUAAUAUUAUGUAAGUGCCACAACCUCCAGAAGUGCAAGCUGCUCAGGCAGGAAUAUACUUGUUGCUUAUUUCUGCUGGUAAAUAUUUAUUCUUUAUUAUUAGUAUACAAAAAGACAUGUAGGGAUAUAAGAAAAUAUUAUUAUUUUUAGAACUUAGAAUUUCAUGUGUGUUUAAGUGUUGCAGUAUUUAGAAUGUUGACAUGGGUGAUGAGAACACAGUCUGUAUCCAGCAUCCUGUGCACCUCUGCUGCCACCCCUAUGCUGAGGGAGGAAACCACUCUAGUAGUAUUUCAAAUUAUCACAGGAUUCAUUAUUUUUUUGUUAUUUAGAAAGAAAAUUUUAACCUAUUUACUGUUUUUUCUUUGUCAGGAAGAAUGAUGUGAUUAAAAGUUUAUGAGAGAAACAUGCUGUUCUAUAAGUAUAUUUUCAUGUAUAAUGUUUCAUAAAGGGAGAAUUAUUAUGAAUGUAAGCUGUGCUAAGUUGUAGCCAUUUGUAUUGAUUGAAGUCUUGUACUAUAACACAUCACUGUACUCACAACAUAACAGUAUAUACAUCUUCAAUGUACGUGUCUUUCAUACAUAACUGGUUACAGUAUCAGAUGGCUGUGUUGCAGCUCUAAUGGUGCUUUGUGAAGUAUAGCAUGUGUGUCCUUUUAUCACUUUUGUACCACCAUAAAAUUAAUACAAAAUUUCUAAUAAAGAGUAAACAUGUUAUUUGUGAAA